AUGGUCUGUGCGGAUAAGAAGACUUCUGGAAGCCUAUGUGGAGACCCAGGGACCAGAGCUCCUCAGGCCCCAGGCAAGAGGAGCAGCUUCAGCAACAGGAUGUCCACAGAACAGCAGGACCCAGGGAGUUUCUUUAGAGUUAUAUUCCUGCACUUCAAAGCACUUAGAGUGAAGAUUUCUUUUGCAAUAAAAAAGCCAUUUCCUUUUUUUGAGAUCCUCCGUGACAAUGAGCUCAUCACCGAGAAGAUGUAUAAUGAUUUUAGAGAUUCCUGUACAAACCUGGUCCCUGUAAAAAAUGUGGUCUACAGAGCCCUGGACAUACUGGAGAAGACAUUUGACCUAAAGGUUCUGAGGGUACUGUUCAAUGAAGAAAACAUGAAGGCAUACCCUGAUUUGGAAUUCAUUGCCAAGAGUUUUGAAGAUGUCUCACAGAACAGAUUGUGUUUCCAUGGAAGUGACAGAGGAUACCCGAACUCCCAGCUAUGUCUUGAACAAGGACCUGGUGACAGCUGUUCUGAAGAAAGCCUGGCCUUGUCACCCUCCGCUGCCUCCUCAUCUGACGCCUGGGGAAAUAAUGAUAGAAGAAAUACCACACUCAUCCAGGGAAAUCAAAUGGAGAAUCAUCAAUCCCUCGGCCUCCAAAUUGAUAAUGUUUGCAGUUUAGUUGAAGACCUCGAUGAAACAGUAGAGAUUAACAGAGUGAGAGGAGAGACCACUGGUGAAAAUACUGAUGGACUGGAAAGGCACCAAGCAACCAUAGGACAAGGCUCAGGUUCUGAGCCGGAGGAGUCCUGUGAACUAGAACGGAAUGACAGACACCCACACCUGGAGCCUCACAGCCCAUUGCCCCAGAAUGAAGAAAGAGCAGCACUAUUCAGCCGUGGAAGCCAAACACAGGCCUGUUCUGUGCAUCUGAUAGAUAUAAAAAAGGAAAAUUCAUCAUUUUCCUUGGAUGAUGAACAACAGACCCAAGCAAGGACCAACCACAAUCAGGCAUCUGAGAUAAUAGGAGCAGUGCUACUCAGCCAUGGAAGCCAAACACAGCCCUGUUCUGUGCAUCUGGUAGAUAUAAAAAAGGAAAAUUCAUCAUUUUCCUUGGAUGGUGAACAGCAGACCCAAGCAAGGACCAACCACAAUCAGGCAUCUGAGAUAAUAGUCCUCAGCAGCGAGGAUUCUGAUGAUGGACACAACUCAGAAGAAGAAUCCACCUCAAUCAUCUGCCAGUCAAAGCCUUUGGAUUCCAGAGACCCUCACACAUCCAGAAUAACAAACAAGAGAAGAGGCACUUCCGACACUGGCAGCUCAAGCACCGGCAAAAGAUACAGAUGGAUAAGACAUAUCCAAGAUGUUGAGAACAAUUCUGCUUCAGUAAAGGACGGUGAAAAAAUAAGGAAAAAGAGAGACAGACACGGAAAAUACUCAAUGCGGAACAUCAAAAUGCCACUGAAAACAAACUGGAGAAAAGUUGCUUUCGCAGUGAGACAUAUCAACUCUUCUUCACAAAGAAGCAGAAAAAGAGGCCGGAGAAUUCCCAGACAAAGAAAUGUGGAUUUUAACCGUCCUGAGCUUCCAGUGACCUGUGGUAAUGCUACGGGGACUCUGUAUAAGGAGAAAUAUCAGCAAGGUAUCCAUGAGAAGAGUAUACAGAGUGAGACUGGUCAAUGGUUCACCCCCAGGCAGUUUGAAAUCAAAGGAAACCGUGAAAAAUCCAAGAACUGGAGGCAAAGCAUACGUUGCUAUGGAUGGACCCUGAAAGAGCUGAUAAAGAAAAAGCAUCUACCAGACCCACCAAGGAAAAAGAGAAAGAAGGAAAACCCACAAAAUCUACAGCGAACAAAGAAAAAGCUGAAAAAUUCAAAACAGUGUACAGUGUGCCGCCGAGGAAGGAGAUUGUGCCAUUGUGCUAUUUGUGGAAAAUUCUAUCAUAAGAAAUGCCACAUCCCACCUGUGGAAGACAAGAGUGGCCCGUGGAGUUGUGUAUUCUGCAAGAUAAAGGAACAGUUAAGGCGCCAAGAAAAUCAAGCAUGUUAUAAGGAAUCGGAGGUCCUGAAGAGGAAGAUGUUGCCUGAGGAGCAGCUGAAAUGUGAGCUGCUUCUCUUGAGCAUCUACUGCCACUCAAAAAGUCGCUUUUUUGUCCCCAAACCAAAGAAAAGGAGAGAGGAUUUUCCAGAGCUCCGGGAGCACAUGUGGCUAGGCAAAAUCAAGUACAGGCUGAAUAAGAAGGCAUACCUUUCAGUACAACGUUUUGUGGAGGACAUGCGCCGCAUCUUUCAGAACCACAGCAUAAUCUAUAAAAAUAGCAAGUUCAACAACCUUGGAGUCUCAGUAGGAAGCCUAUUUGAGAAGAAUUUCAAAAUAAUUUUUUCAAUCAAUGAUGCAAGCAAACCACCUCAGCCGUGUAAGCACACUGUCUUGUUAACAUAGGCCUUUCUUUCUGUUCUCUCCACUAUCCAUCCCUCCAGCCAUCAACAGCACAAUGCUCAGAGAGCCUACCGUCCACUCCGCGCUUCUGUGUAAACACCCUGUGUAAACACCCUGCCACACUUCUGCUUCUGACUUUCUAUAUUUCUAUAUUCAAUUAUCUUCCUAAAUAAAACUUAACGCUUGCAAUGUGCACCAUAAUGAACCGUCAGGUGCUGAGGGAGCCCACUGAGAAGAUGGCUCUGGAAGCAAGAUUGUACCCUUUCCUCAUUUUAAACCUAAGUAUGUUUGUCUCCAAAUGUCCUCCAGAGCGUCUUUUCUAAGGAUGGCCUGGCCCCCCUAACCUAGUGACUGAGCAGAGAAACUAGCAAAACAGGCCAAGAGUGAAAACACUGUGCUUGGGAACAGCUAGAAGGUGAACCAUUCCAACAGACUUAACAACUGUUUAUCCUGUGAUAUAAAAUGAGAACGAGUAGCCAGAAGUUCAGCCCUGGGAGCUCAGCUAUGGAGAGAAAACUCAAUCAGGAACUGUGGCUGACUGCUCAGUUUCCAUAGACAGUUUCCAUUGGUUGUUGUGAGCAUCCAAUUUGAUGAUGUUAACUCUUUGUUGCUAUUUAUUCUUCAACCUAGAAACCUCACCAAAGGCUAAUUCUGCUCUGCCCUGGACUCCACUGGGAGCUCUGCCACCCCCUCCCACCCCAGGACUCCCCCAGUCAAUUCCCCCUGGAUAUUUCAAGCACAUGGUUAAUGAUAUUUUCUUGUUUUUAGAUUUACUCUUGUACUUUGGCUUGUUACAUACUUAAU